AUGGGAACGCUAAACAAGAGGAAAAGAGAAACUCGUCGCGAAAUCAAAACUCACGCUACCAAAGCUCAGUUCCUGCUGGAAACUAAUAAACCUAAUCGGACACCUCCAACGUUGCCGCCUGUGUACCCAACAGCCACUGAUUGUUCCACCGCUGGACCUGCAAUAAACCCCCGACAACACUUUCAGUCACAACACCCCGUGGAUUUGGAUUCAGAUCUAGUAAGCUCUUGUUUUGAUUUUGUUUCUUCUUCGCUUAUAUGGUCCCUUGCAACUGGACUUCAUUGUUCCCUUUUCUGCUACAGAGAAACUUUCCUACCAUCUACUCUUCUAACAUGGACAAAUUUUCGGCCUCACUCUUUGUCUGGUGAUCUUUCGAUCAUGGGAGCUUACAUUUUCAAAGCUCCUUCUAUCCCUCAGCCUUGGAGAAAAUCCGUCUGGAGUCGUGACAUCCCUCUAGCGAAAUCUUUGGUGGUUUGGAAGCUUAUGUUAGACAAAAUCCCUACGGACGAUAAGUUUAAGCAUAGAGCAAAUUUGGGAAAUUUCCUUAUUGUGUUUGUUGACAUUAUCCAUUGGCCUUCUUCUUCUAUGGUGGAAUUUCAGAAAGUCAUUAGUGCUAUGGAGAUUGCGAUGAGCAAAGGAGAUUAUCACACUCGCAUUAGGAAGCUUGUUCAAACCUCACUUUCUCCUGAAUCAAUCAAGAAAUUGAUCCCCGAUAUUGAAACUCAAGUCAUUUCAUCCUUGGAAUCCUGGGUUUCUGUUCGACAACUCAUUAACGCUUUCUGUGAAAUGAAAAAGCCCAAUACAUUUAUGCCAUUUGGUAAUGGAGUGCACUCUUGUCCGGGAAGUGAGCUAGCCAAGUUGAAUAUGUUGAUAUUAAUUCACCAUCUAGUAACCAAGUUUAGGUGGGAGGUAGUGGGAGAUAAGAGUGGAGUCCAAUAUAGCCCAUUCCCAAUUCCUUUGCAAGGUCUACCUACAAGAUUUUGGAGAAUUCAUCAAUAG